CUGAGGAAACAAAAAUAUAUAUAACGAGCACCCGGUCGCCCGAAGCUUCAGAAUGGGUGUGAAGACUUUUACUCACAAUUCUCCGGCUCAUAGCCAGGAAAUGCUGGGAAAGCUGAACAUGCUGCGGAACGACGGCCACUUCUGCGACAUCACCAUACGGGUUCAGGACAAGAUCUUCAGGGCGCACAAGGUGGUCCUGGCGGCCUGUAGCGAGUUCUUCCGCACCAAGCUGGUGGGCCAAGCAGAGGAAAGCAACCAGUGUGUCCUGGACUUGCAUCACGUCACGGUGACUGGUUUCAUCCCGCUAUUGGAAUACGCGUACACGGCGACAUUAUCCAUCAACACGGAGAACAUUAUAGACGUGCUAGCUGCUGCAAGCUACAUGCAGAUGUUUAGCGUGGCCAGCACCUGCUCAGAGUUCAUGAAGUCCAGUAUUUUGUGGAAUACCCAGCAGGAGAAGGUCCUGGACACCGGGCAAGAAAACUCUGGUAACUGCAAUAACUUCCGAGACGGCAGCCUCUCUCCGGUCUCCUCAGAAUGUAGCGUCGUGGAGAGGACCAUUCCCAUCUGUCGCGAGUCCCGUCGGAAACGUAAAAGCUAUAUAGUCAUGUCUCCUGAGAGCCCUUUGAAAUGCAGCACACAGACAAGCUCUCCACAAGUCCUAAACCCUACGCCUUCCUACAGCGAGGCAAGGAAUCAGCAAGUGGACUCGUCCCAUGCCUUCCCCUGGACUUUCCCCUUUGGCAUCGAUCGAAGGAUGCAGUCAGACAAGGUAAAGCAGAUGGAGGCUCGAACGUUAGAAGUGCCUGGACCUUCUGAAGUCGCACGGAGGGUAACGGAUUACGUUGCCUGCGAAAGCACUAAAGCCAAUUCUCCUUUGGUGAUGGAGGAUGACGUCAGAGUGAAAGUGGAGAGACUGAGCGAUGAGGAGGUCCACGAGGAAGUGUCUCAGCCGGUCAGCGCGUCUCAGAGCUCCAUGAGUGACCAGCAGACCGUUCCUGGAAGCGAACAGGUUCAGGAAGACCUGCUCAUCAGCCCACAGUCAUCUUCCAUAGGCUCCAUCGAUGAGGGAGUUGGAGAAGGACUACCCACGCUGCAAGGAGCAGCCAACACCAACGUGCACGCCGACGAUGACGACCGAUUGGAGAAUGUCCAGUAUCCAUAUCAACUGUACUUGGCUCCUUCAACAAGCAGCACGGAACGGCCAAGUCCAAACGGGCCGGACCGACCUUUCCAGUGCCCUACAUGUGGAGUACGCUUCACACGGAUCCAGAACCUGAAGCAGCACAUGCUCAUACACUCUGGAAUUAAACCCUUUCAGUGUGACCGUUGUGGGAAAAAAUUCACUCGGGCUUACUCCUUAAAGAUGCAUCGGCUGAAACACGAAGGUAAACGCUGUUUCCGGUGCCAGAUAUGUAGCGCGACAUUCACUUCCUUCGGGGAAUACAAACACCACAUGCGGGUUUCCCGGCACAUUAUCCGCAAGCCUCGGAUAUACGAGUGCAAAACAUGCGGCGCCAUGUUCACCAACUCUGGAAAUUUAAUCGUGCACCUGAGGAGCCUGAACCACGAAGCGUCAGAGCUAGCAAACUACUUCCAGAGCAGCGAUUUCCUAGUGCCCGAUUAUCUAAGCCAGGAGCAGGAGGAGGCCCUGGGCCAGUACGAGCUGGCGGAUCACGGCUUUGAAAGCAGCUCCUCUGUCCAGAUGCCUGUCAUUUCUCAAGUUUCCUCCACGCAGAACUGCGAGAGCACUUUCACCCUGGGACCCCUGGGCGGGCUGGCCGAGAAAGAGGAGGACGACGAAGACAUGGCCGAGCCUUCAAAGGUCAGCCCUAUGGAAGGAACCGGCAGAGAUGACCCCCCAAAACCAGAGGUGGCUUCCAUUGCUGUGGAGUAGCCGGCCCCCUGCCCCGCACCCUGACUUCAUUCAGUGCUUAUCUCUCGUUUCGUUUGCUUUCUUUGGAAAGUGCCUGUGCUUUUGGUCAAUCUAUAGUUUUAUUUUAUAUAUUUCCGAGCGGCUGAGGACACCGGCAGAAUGCGCUCCCCGUCUUCACUCCGCUAAUGUUACACCAGACGGCAGUCUAAUUAUAACUUCGACGCGAAACAGCACGUAGGUCCCAAAGGUGGAAUGCACAAAGCCAAACGCUGAUCUGAACGCUUUACCCGUCCUGUCGCCCUGGCAACCGACGACUUCAAAGGGGCAAACGGUUUUAUGUCUCGUACAGAUUCCCGUAAGAUUUGUACCCUGUACCCGGAUCUCCAAACAAAAUGGUUUAAGUGGAAUUUCGGUCUUCCGAGGACCCCGCCGCGGACGCCAUCAUUCUGGAGUAAUUCUGGCUACGGCUGGUUGCGUGGAGG